AUGUCCUCAGAUCAGUGCGUCGUAUGUUGGGAGGAAGGCGACUUGCUCUGUUCUUCUUGCAAGAGCUGCCGCUACUGCUCAAAGCGAUGCCAGAAGAAUGACUGGAAGUCACACAAGUUGUUAUGCAAGGCCAUCUCAACCCAAUCAGAGCGACCGUCUUCUUUUCAUGUCAGGGCCAUAUACUUUCCACAAGACAGACCAACCCCAGAGCUCGUCUGGAUUUCCUGCCUUGGCAUCCCCUCCUUCGAAGAGGUGAAGGGCAUCGUUAGAGAAGGCACCCCUGGUAACGUGGAUAUACAACGAGUAUAUUGGAACUAUCGACUUAUGAAACCGGCUCUUCAGCAUAUCGAAUUCCAUUUUCGUGACUUGUUCCUUCGUGAUGGAUCUAGGCCGACUAAAAGUCUAUACGAAACUGUUGCGAAGCACGGCCAGGCUAGAUGUGACUGGAGAGGCCCCCUUCUGGUCUUCGGUGUCUCAAGAAGCGAUCUAUACACCGAUGCUACACUUGCCGAUUUUCGAGCCGUCAUUGAUUACUCACUGGGCUACGGACAGUCGCAUUCUGGCCUUUAA